GGAAUGUGUUGCACCUCGAUUUUUGCACGAGUUCCAGAUUGGGGCUGUUGCCUAUAAAAUGGCCGCAAUGGUGAAAUACCAUCGACUUUCAAGGGAAGUCGGCCACUUUACAACUUUGGUGGUCAUGAACGAAGCGGUGUACAAUUAUGACGACACUGCCGAUGGCGGAAUCCUCCGCGAAUUCGGCAGACCUCCUGACAUAGAGCAGAUCGAUUCCAACACGGUCUACGCGCUCUAUGUCCGCACGACUGAUGAAUUCCGAUUUACACGGAGCUUGGAGGAUAUUGCACUUGACUUUUCUCGCAUUCCGUCCGAGAUCCCAGAUUAUAUUCGGGAUAGUCCAUCUCCUGCGACCAAACGAGCGGAUAUUCACAUUGCACGCACCAACACUGAUCCUCCACAACUCCAAACCUCGAUCACCCCUCACGUAUUCGAACCUAUGGACGAGGACGAGGAAUCGGUCAUAGAUCAACUCGAAGUUGAUGCGUUGGUUCACCGUCAGAGCUCGGAGCCGCUAGCAGAGUCGAGCGUAGAUAUCGAGAGGAUGAUUCUAGACACGCUGGAAUCCUCACCUGCGGAUGGAAGGGGCCAAGCACUUCCAUUUCCUGCUCCGAGUCCUCGACGACCAGUUCCUCCUCGCCUUCCCACAAUUACCACAUUGGAGACGCACGACUCCGCUCUGAAGGGCGACUCGGACUGGGAUUCUGACGAUCUUGAUGCUGGGCCUCGUCCCGAAGUCCCAAGCUCUCAAGGGAGCGAUAGCCUGAAUCACCUCCGAUGCGACGGCUGCGGUGAGGAGCUAGAGGAUGCAGACGACUCGGCGAAAGCAGAGGGAACCGACAUCGUUCAGUGCGGAGGAUCUUGCCGGACGUGGUCUCAUGUCGAGUGCCUCAAUAGUUCCAUUGACUGGACAGCUGAUCAAGUUCGUUUCUUGUGCAAGGAAUGUGAUGUUCCCCGUCCCGGCUCGAUUCUCGCGGUUGCAUUUCCUUCGAUCAACGAGCCUCUUGACGUGGCGAACAGAUAUUUCCCCGCAGUUCUAAUCCAACGGCACAUUGAUCGGCGGGGCCAGCGGGAAGAAUACGAAUUUUACUGGUCUCGCUACGUCGAUGGGAUCCCCGGUGCACCCGAUGCAAGCCAGACCUUCUACUUGCCGCGUCAAUCGGUUAUUUAUUACCAGAGGUUGCUUGGUAGCUUCCAUAUUCCUGAAAACAAGAUCGGACAAAUCCGCAUUCCUUUCUACCAUAAUCCCGCAUCCGAAGUCCACGAAGGUUCUGAAUUGUCCCGCAUCUUUUCUGGAGCUCUAGACGGUAUCGCGGAGGUGAUCCAUGAAUGGGACAUGGAUGUUCAUCCAGUGGUGAAAGCCUGGCAGGAAGUCAAGGAUGUCGCACGCAAGAAAAAGAAGAAGGCCGAUUCCCACUUAUGGAUCCGGGACACGCUGCGACUCAGAUUUACAGCGGAGUUGGACCAACUGGUUGGCGAUGCGCUGGCGGCACUUAUGCGUCACCCGACUCUCAGAGAUGUUGUCUAUACUCUGCGUCGUGACCGGAUCAACAGUGUGGGAUUCGUCCUGCUCCAUCUGCUUCACAUGCAGAGAGAAUUGGGCGAGCCGUUGGAUCUUGGAGGAUCUACGUUUGCUGACUUCAGCGCGGAUAUGAUCCAGUCAAGAUGGGGCGAAGUUGAUGAAGUGCAGGUUGUCCUGUUUGGCAUUAGGAAGAGCAGAGCAGAUCGCGCCUAUGGCGCUGACAUCGCAGCGUUCAGGCGGUCACACUCCAUCUACAGUGCUGACAUGAUCGAUCCGUUCUAUUAUCGUGUGGCGGGUUCUGCUAAUUUGGAAGCCGAGAAUCCUGUCCAUCCAAUUCCUGUGGUGCUGCCUCCCGGAGACGCGACGGACGAAGAACAGGUCGGGGAACAGAAACCGAGGCCAAGACCGAAGCCCAGAGCUCGGAAUGCGGCUGCACGCGCGCAGGACAACGAGACCGACUUGGGCGCUGGCGCAGAACAAGCGCGGCCAGCAAAAAGGGCGAAGAGAAUGCGCCAGGUGACGACAACUGUGACAACAGUGACGAAGAAAAAAGGGAGGGCGGGGCGUGGUACCAAAAGGAACUAAUUCGUUAUUUUGUUCAUUGACGCGUAGAAUGGCUAUAUUAGUCUAUCGAUCUUAUUCUGAAGCCACUGACGGCGACGAGGAAGAUUAAUUAGCGUGGGAAGCCUUACAUCACCACCAGUGACGAUCUGGACUCGACUGAUCGCAGAGCGACUAACGCAGUGA